AUGGCUUUCAGGUGUGAAUCCCAGCUGAAAUAUUUCUUUCCAGUUCCAAUCCAGUCCCUCAGCUACUAUCCUCUCCCUUCGUUUUCUCAGGUUGCAAGAAACUUUCCACUUAUUUCUAUGGGUAAAAUCUUAUCUGAACUAAAUGCUGAGGCUCCGUACAAUUUCAAUUACUUCAACUCAAGCAUCUCUGAAAGCAGCGGUUUCACUAUCCCAGAUCCAUUCCUGAUUAAAAAAAUUGUGUCGCAAAUUGAAUUCUACUUUUCGGAUGACAACUUGUCCAAAGAUUUAUUCCUCCUGAGGCAUAUACAAAGGAAUAAAUUAGGAUAUGUGAGCAUAAAACUUCUAACGACUUUAAAAAAAAUGAAACGUUUAACUUGGAACUGGCGAGUGACCCUUUAUGCUCUGCAAUUCUCAAAGUUGCUGGAACUCAGUGAAGACGGGACCAAGGUGAGAAGGAAGGAACCUAUCCCAGAGUCUUUUGUAAACAUCCCUUUUAACAAGACGCUUCUUGCAUGGAAUGUCCUUCCGUGUGAAGAAUCCGAUUCUUCUUCACUCCUGAUUCAAGAAAACUUCCUGGAUACAAUCUCAAAGCUGUUUGGACCUUUUGGUGACAUUGCCUGCAUACGCAUCUUCAGACCUGGCAAAAAACUCCCCUCAGCAGUGAAGAAAGCUACCUCUUCUUAUCCUGAGCUUUUGAUCAGAUGGUGUGCAUUGGUGGAAUAUGAAAGGCUGAAGAGUGCCCGAAAGGCUUUUGAAGGGCUCAUCCACAAGCAAUUCUGUUCUCCUGGGCAAAGCAUCAAAGUGAUCAACCUCUCUACUCUCAAAAAGAUGAAUGUGGUCAGUCAAGAAGAUAAUGAAAAGAUUGAAGAGAUACCCAUGCUUUUUGGAAAAUGGGCCAACAAGUUAUCAGAAGGCAUUGAAGACUCCCUCCCCUGCAGUUCAUCUACAGAACCAGAUAGUAUCCCAGUUUCUUCUGCUAAUGUUCCUCAGAAUUGCUUUUCUCCUCCAGGCAGGUGUACAACUAAGCCUUACAACUCAUCAGGUCAGGCCUUCAAAUCAAAUUCCUCCAGCAUAUCACAUGCAGAACCUCUUCAAUUACGCAAAGCAUUGUCAGGGUCACCAUUCCCCUCACCUAUUUCUGCACCAAAGUCAGGCACAUCAGAAUUACAAAAACCAUCCAACACCUCCUGGGGAAAUAGACUAGGUCCAGAAAACUUGGGGACACAAAAGAGGCAUGGACCACACAAUAAUCAAUCAGAUGUACAGAACCCAGAGUCCUUAGGUCCCCGACCACGUUCCACAAUCUUCUGUAAACCAGCAGUUGUCUGUCCUACAGUGAUCCGCCUUCCACGAGGGCCUGAUGGGACCAAGGGUUUCCUCAAUACCAGAGAGAGAGGGAGAGGGAGAGGGAGAGGGGUAGCUCCCUUAAAACAAUAA